UAGAAUAAGCAGAAGUUAGCAGCUUUAUACUUUCAAACCGGAAGUAAUGUUGGUCAAGUGCUCUGGAUUGUUGUUGUAAACAUUUAUUCUGAAAACAUCAUCAGAAUGCUUCAAAAUUUUGUCAAUUAUCUUUUAAGAAUUGAAAUUUUCAUUUUUGUUGUAGAUUCAACAUUGAUUCAGAUGCGUGUUGUGAAAGAUACAGCAAUAUAUGGGUAUGCUGGUGGAAGUUUGGCAGACUCUGAAACUACUAAUCAACUAACAUCCUCAGUCCAGCCAUCGAAUUUUAGUGGUCCUUUAUUGAUGAAGAGGCUCAAUGGAAAAUGUUAUAAUCUGACUGAAGAAAGGUAUCGGUACAUAUUUUGCCCUUUUCAGAAUGUGACUCAAUAUGAAGUUUCCACCAGAUGGAAUGCAUAUCAAGGGAUUUUAGGUGUGUGGAGUCAUUGGAAGAUAGAGAACAACACCUUCUCUGAGAUGAUUUUCAAGCAUGGAGAUCAAUGCGGUGCCAUCAAUCGUUCUAUCAAGGUCAGACUAAAAUGUGGGCCUAAAGAAGAACUACUCAACGUAACAGAGCCUAGCCGAUGCGAAUACUCUGCAGUUUUCAGCACUCGAUAUGUUUGCCAUGAGGAUGCGCUGUUGGUCUACCCUAGAUUGGAUGUUCAUUUAAAAAAAGAGUGGGACAAACUAUACUCUACAUUCAUUUCUGGUGAUUUGACCUUAAAAGGUUACAAUUUAGGCUUACAAAAAAUAUUCUUGGAAGCAGGUUAUUCAGAAGUUCCAGUCAUUCAAGAAAGACAGGUUACUCGCCCAGAUAAAUUUAUGGACCUCUUAACAUGCAAUAAAGAAUACACGAAGCUUCAUGAUGAAAUAAGUAAAUUGAAUGAGGAAGUCGAACAUUUAAAUAAUAUUCUAAUGAGACAUCAAAAAUCUCCGAACAGAACAACAACACAUGUUUAGAAGAAAAUGUAUAUAUUUUCUAUCAAAAUUAAAACUAGAGUUUAGUAAAA